UAACAAUUAUCUAGAUUUAGAUUUGUUUAAUUUUAUACUUUUAAGAUUUAGUUGGACAUUCACACUGUCUACAGCCAUUGACUUGAUCUUAGUUUUUACCAUUAACAAAACACACCUUCAUUGGAAGGACACUUUUCUGUCGAUAUUGAAUGUUAAUUGAAGAUUAAAAUUAAAAGUAGAAACUCGGUGAUUAGGUCAAGUUGGAAGAUAAAGGUUGAGAAGAAGAAAGUUUGAUGAAAGAAAUAAUUAUAAAUAGUAAGUCAAAUAACUGAUCAAGUGAACAAGUUUUCACAUUACAUGUUGAACAGUUGCAAAAAAAAAGUGAUUCAGUUUAAAAUACAUAUAUAAUAUAAAAUGGUCUUGAUGCUGCCCUGCAGUGAGGUUGAAUUUAAAAGCAAGUUGUUGGUCUGAUUGUUGACCGAUGUUUAUCUAAACAGGAUUAGCAACUAACGGCAAUGCAUCAGCCCAACCAACCAAGGUGCUUCAAAGUUAACAAACGAAACACCAACAAGUUGAUCUUAUUUUGAGUGAAACACCAUUCUUUUUUCUUGCAACCAUUCACUCCAAGAACCUUUCCUUUUCAACAACAACAUUAACAUAUUGAAACAUUAUAACAAGUGACCAAUGAACUAAUCAAAUUGUCAACAAUAUUUUACUUUGAAAUUUCACAAGUAAAAUACACAAUGGAAAUUCAGGACAUUGAUGAGAUCGAGUUAUCGAUGCCACCGAGGAAGGGUAAACGACAACAUGUCCAGACAACAUCUCGAGCAAAGUGUUUGGUUUCCCUUUUUGUGCUAGUAAAUUAUUGUUUAAUUGCCAAUGUCGAUGGACAGCUGAUGAGACUGGAUCGUCUACAAUCUCGGAUGGUGCAGAAACGCUCUGAUAGAGGCAGUCCAGCUUUAAGAGGUCUAUUGGAUACACUUUUGGAGCCAACCAGAAAAGCAUCUUCCAGUAAUGGUUGGAAAGGAUUUGUUUUCAUGGAUCCUUUAUUUAAAGUACAACGAUCUCCUAGUUCAAGUGCAAGUGUCAUUCAAUCUGCAUCUGUUCCGUCUUCGCCUUCCUUUUCAAUGGAUAGUCCUCAGUAUGAAACGGAAAGUGCACCAAUACCAUACAUUAUGGAGCCUCCAGUUGAUAUGUAUCAACCAAUGGCUUCAAAUACACGCUAUUCAACUGCUAAACGUCCAUAUGAUGAUUAUUAUGAUGAUGAUGAAAAUGGUGAACCAAUUCCUAGAGUGAGAACUCGAAAGGUAAAAUCAGUAACGACAACAACCAAAAAACCCAAUCCAACUCCAGCAAUAAGCAUUGGCCCAGCUUCUGGUGGUGGAACAGCAAUAAGGUUAGGCAAAGCGAAAAUUACAUUCAAAAAGGGAAGUAUAAGUUUAGGUCCAGUUGAAGAUCACGAAUCAGAGUUAAAAAAAUCAUCAAAUAUUGAUAAAUCAACCAAACGGCCUUACCAUAACUACGGAGACGAGACUGAAGCCAAUGAUUACAUUGGUACAUCUUCACGAAACCAAGGAUCAGAACGUCAACAGAGUAACCGUGACUCAAAGGAACACUUGGACAGUAGACCGGUUUACUCGGAAGACGAUUAUGGACCCAAAUACGCUGCAAAUUAUAAAACUUCAGCCACUGGUUAUUAUCAAAGUUACAAACCCUACCAUAACCUGGAUACAUUAAUGGACAAACAAGUGAAUCCAAAUCAAGGUCAUCGAGCUUCAUUAAAUGAGCAUACAAGUAAUUAUUCACCUCAACCCGUUUACAAAGGAAGCAGCAAGUCAGCAGUAACCGAGACUUACUUGACCAAGGGUGACUAUGAUUAUGAAGACUCUGUUGUUACUGAACUUUCGUCUAGGAAAAAGAUACGUGGUAAAAGACGAGAUGAGUCAGUGAUUGGAGAGGACGAGGAAAAUAAUGAAGACAGAGAGUCUACAGUAGCUAAAUUGAAUGAGAAACGUGAAAAGCGAAAGAAAAAUGGAAACAGCAAAACAACCAAGAAAGAUUUCGAGACUGAUGAAGAUGAAAGUAAACUGACAACAGAAAAUGAUGAUGAACUAACAGAAGACAUUGAUGUAACUACGGAAAAAAUAUCAUCAUUGACUUCGACAACAAGAGCAUCGAGAAAAAAGUCAUCAAAUAAACCAAAAAGUCAGCAAAAUAGUUCAACAUCAAGUCCAAAAGUAACAAGUAGUCGCACAAAUCGCAACAAAGCCAAAGCUGCCAAGACAACAGUCAAGCCAGAUGAUAGUGGCUCUACAGAUGAGAAAAGGUUGAUUAAAGAGCAUCGUGCAAGUGAAACUGAUUCGGUCAAUCAUGAUGAUAAUGAUGAUGAGGAGGAAAAUGGAGAAAAUGUUGAUACUAAAAAAGCAAUAGUCGAUAGUGAAGAUGAAGAGGAAGACGAGAAACCAAGCAAAUUAACGACAUUAUUAACUACUCCAGCGACAGCAACAACAAAAUCUAGUGAAUCAAAGAGACGAAAAUCAAAUUCUCGGCAAAAUGUUCGACGCAAAAACAACAGUAAUAGAAGUUCAAUUUCCACUCCUAAAUCAACAAUGAUUCAGUUAGACGAUAGACAGUCUAGCAAAUCAAACAUGGAUACUGUUUACAUUGGAAAUCGAGGGCAAACAAUUAAAGCAGAUCAAAGUAAAUCAAAGAAGGGUUCAAUUGAAUCUGUCUCAAUCUUACCAGGAGUGGAAACAUCUUCAGAUAGAGGAACUAUUGUGACCCUAAAAAUGUCUGAUGAUCCAUCAUUAGGAGUAAUUGGAAGUUCAUCCAAUUCACGGAAACCUGGGACCAUUUAUCAAAUAAGGUUAACAUCAAAAAUUCCAACUGAACCCGCAAUUGUAACCAAAAUAGCUGAAGAUAAUGGAUCGGUUGAUAUUGGUAAAGAUGAAAAUUCAUUAAACCGUUUAAUCAAAAUGAUGCAGGAUACACUGGAAGAUAUAAGAAAAAGUCAAACCUCUUUACUGCCCUCAACAAGCUCAUCUAGUCCAUGUCCACCCUCCAAUUCACAAGUAAUCAUUGAGCCAAUUCCGACAACACCAAAACCAAGUUUAAUCCUUUCCAAUUUAAAAACAUCAACAGUUAAACCCUUAGUUGAUCCAUUUCUCAAUCUACAUCAUGGCAAUAUUACUGUUGUCCCAGCUUCAAUGGGAAAUGUUAGUGAUAUUGUUGAUAUGUUGGUUAAAACAUCUAAAUUUAUGCAACCCUCAACGAGUGAAAAGACUGUUUUCUCAUCGAUUGUUGAUAAAACGCCGAUCAUUAAAGAGAUCACAAGCGAAGUAGGUGAUAAUAUUGAGGAUAAAAAAAGUGGAACAAGUGAUAAUUUUCCAAUUGAUCUUGACAGUAACAAUCAAAGUAUUAACAGUUCUGAUCGACCUCAGGCUGAAGAGAGUCGGACAAAAGGAAUGAAGCAAAAUUUCAAUCAACAAGCAAAUACAGAUGAGAAUAGUGAUCAAAUUGAAUCGACAAGACAAACUGGUAGCAUAAAUAACGAUAAUGGUGAUGAUGUUCCCAUAAUUGUUGUAUUAUUGCCUCCGGAAGAUGAUAUUAAUAAAGGAACCAUCAAUUGAAUCUCACAACACAUAAAAUUAACACCAUUUACAAUGUUAAUCUUUCUGUUUCAAUAAAAUGUAAAUAUUUACUGACCA